AUGAACUUUCCAAAAAAAAAAAGGGGAAAAGGUGAAACAAUUGAUUUAAAUUCAAUCAAUUCACUAAUUACUAAAAAAAAAAGAAUAUCAAAAAAAUUAAAAACUAAAAAAGAUGAAGAGGAUAAUGAAAAUAAUAGACCAAGAAAUUCCAAAAGAGAGUGA